UCCUCGUUCACACACAGACCUCCUCUCGAAAGAUUCGCAAUAUCCCUUCUCAAAUUACAAGAGCACAGGUAGGACACUGAUUCGUCAACUUUAAGUUUUGUCUUUUCCCGUUGGCUAUAGGCUGGAGUACACGUCAGCAGUCAAUUUCGAGUCACCCCCUUGCACACGAAAUGUCUUUUCCCUCUUCCUGGUUGCAAGUUUUAUGACAAAUGACACUUUCUGUUAGGUGAGUGAACUUAAAGAUUAUACAACUAAGAAGUAAUACAGGUCUUAUACGUUUAAGUUUCAUAGUAACAACGCUGGUGCUACCUCACCAAAAUGAACUUAAAGUAAAUGUCAUCUUAAGACAUUAUACGAAAACCAAUGGAUCGAUUCGCUUAAAACGGAUAAACGCGGCUUUUAAAUAAGUCAUGAACACGGAAGUUUAUGUUUGCUCUCCUUAGAUCUGUGGUAUGCGAGAGAAUUUAUGAAUGUUUAUAGCUCAAUGUGUCAAAAUGAGAUUCAGACUUCUCCGAAGAAACGUAAUUGCCUUCGUGCUCGUCUCGUUAGCUGUGUUCAUUUUGAUGUACACAAAGUUUGCUAUAGUCUCAGACAAACCUCCUGAGACCCCACCUCAGUUGAACACCCAAACCACAGCCAUAAGCAAGUUUCAGUAUGGAUCAGUCAUGGACAUGCGCACGUCGGUGUAUGACAGUAAUUUCAAACAGACUAUUCAGAAUGAUGACAAAUUCCCAGGUGACCCCGAAGUGACCAUCAUUGUGCAAGUCCACAACAGGCCAGCUUACCUCAGAAUGUUGGUUCAGUCAUUGGAAAAUGCUGCAGAUGUUCACAAGUUUUUGGUGAUCUUCAGUCAUGAUUAUUUUUCCCAGGAAAUAGCCGAUAUAGUGCAGGGGAUAACCUUCUGCAAGGUUCUGCAAAUUUAUUUUCCUUACAGCCGACAGCUCUAUCCAGUUGAGUUUCCUGGACAGGACCCAAAAGACUGUCCGAGAGAUAUGGCAAAGGCUGAUGCCAUCAAAUCAGGAUGCCUCAAUGCUGAGCACCCAGACUCCUACGGUCAUUAUCGGGAGGCCUCCAUCACACAGACUAAACACCACUGGUGGUGGAAACUGCACUUUGUGUGGGAGCGGGUACACACUCUUCAGGGAUUCAGCGGUUACACCAUCUUCAUAGAGGAGGACAACUACAUCCUCCCGGACUUUUAUCAGUUCUUCAAGGGCAUGUUAGAGCACAAGAAAUCUGACUGCCCGGACUGCGAUAUCCUGGCCCUUGGCAACCACGACGGCCUGGGCCGCUUUCAGGAAUUAUCAGGCAAGUUGGAGACGGCGAGCUGGCUGUCAACAAAACAUAACAUCGGCAUGGGCAUCUCCAGGGAGGUCUACUACAAGCUGAUGGGCUGCAACAAUGAAUACUGCACCUACGACGACUACAACUGGGACUGGACCCUGCAGAACCUCUCUGGAACGUGCAUCUCCAAGCCUCUGAAGGUGCUUGUGGCUCGGGGCUCCAGGGUGCUGCACACCGGCGACUGUGGCCUGCACCAGAAGGAGGCCUGUCGCCCUGAACUGGCCCAGACGAAGGUGCAAGAGUCUCUCCUGCAGGCCAAGCCAGCCCUCUUUCCCCAGACUUUCACUGUGAUGGACCAUGGCCUCGCACAGCACCAGCCGCACAUGAAAAAUGGGGGGUGGGGGGACAUCCGAGAUCAUGCACUAUGUAAAAACUAUGCCAAACGCCUGUAAGACAAAAGGGAUUCUUUUGUUGGGUCUCCAACACAUGUUUGGGGUAUUAAGUGCCAUUCAUAUGUUUAGAGUGAGAAGUUGCUGGAAAGAAUAUUUUAUUUGUGUCUUCCAAAGAUGCUUAAAUGUGAGAGGAGAGAGGUGACGAACACCACAAUAUUAUACAUCAGGAAUGAAAAUGUUAUUGUUCUCUCAAAAAGAUGAUGUGAUAAAUGUGCUUAAAUGUACUACUAAAGUUUUGUUAGCUUACCAUCUGUGAGUAGGUUUACUUGCCGGCCAUAGAAAUGUUUGUUUUGUGAUUACGUUUGCUUAUGUUUUUUUCUUCUUGCAUCAGCUCUCUUUUGUUGACCAAGGCCGCAAAACGUAAGGCCAUUAUGUAUUAUCUUGGCUUUAAAAGACAAUCCAGCUGCCAUAAGAUUUGCAAUCAUCCGUCCUAGGUUGUCAUAUUUCAGCUUCCAUAGAGACUCUUUGAGCUUCCACUUUGCACUCGAAUCCACUCACUGUGUCCGACUCAGAAAGUCCUAUUGAAGAAUGCAUUCCUUAGCCUUCCUGAACGUCACGUGUACUGCCUUAUUUCUAAUAAUUGAAACAGACACUUUUGAAUCAAGCAAAUGUGUGCAAAGAAUGAAUGUACACCUUGUUUGUUUUUAGGUUUUCUGUUUUGUUUUAUUUUGAAUAAAUUAGGCUAGUCUAAUGUAAUGUUAUCCUGAUAGUGCCUGGCUCUCUAUCAUUUGCAUGAGUGUUGCAAAUGUGUUGAUAUUGGAAAAUGCUAACUUGGUUGUUUGACAUGGUCAAUUCAAAGGUCCCUUUUGUGUUUGUCUUUCUUUGUGAAAUGUUGGUUUUGCUGAGCUGGAUAUCUUUGUGUUCCUCCAUACUGACCUUUGUUCCACAGGAAGGUGUGUUUCCUCUCAGUUUGGGCCUAUGAGGUUAUGCCAUUGCCCUUAGCACCUACCACUGUGAUAACACUACUGUUUAAAGUGCUCUGUGCAGUUACCACACUGUGAGCACAUUUAUAAUACAAUAUUUGUAUCACAUAGGGUACAUGGGGAACAGUGUAUGUUCUCUUGGUCACACACCACCCUGUUGCCUUUAAGAGAUGUUCUAACUGGUAGAAAUGUGCCAAGGAAAUGCUCCCUAUUUUGACUGUUAUUCCUCUUCCUUUGCCUUCCAGACCAAUUCAGUAAUGAAAGCCAUAUUCUGAACUGCCUUUGUAUAACUAUGCAUAUCCUGUUUUCGUGUUCAUUGGGAUCUUUCGUAUAAUUUUCUUUUAACUGUAAUAACCAAAGACGACUUGGUGGUGGAGGGAUGACGAGACCUGAAGACAUUAAAUGUAAAUAACUUUUGAAAUUAUAUUUUAAGAUAUUCUAAAAUAGUAUGUGACAGUGGUUUCUCAGACUGUCUACAUCACUGUAAAUAAUAAACACGAGAUUCCAAGUGCCUCUUCUUUUCCAA